AUGUCGAGUUCUUCCGAGACAGGGGAUUCCACCUCACGAUCGUCACUGUCGUCGGCAAGGACAUCAGUCAGUAUUGAAACAACGGUGACUAAGCUUCUUAUGUCGACGAAGCAUUUAUUACAAAUCCUGACGCAAUGGUCCAAAGGAAGUGCAACUGGAAAAAUGGUAUCUGACUCCUAUGUCCAACUUGGUAACGAUUUCAAACUGGUGUCAAAAUUCUUUACACAUGCAAAAGUUGAUAUUUCGGAUUUGGGCGAUGUUCCAACGCAACUACGUAAGGUUUUAGAAGUGACGCUACGUGAGCCAGCAUCAGACACGACUCUAAAUAAAUAUUUACCCAGAAUACGUGAGAUUAUUGUAAACUUAUUGGAUAAAUUGAAAGUGAAACAAAUACAAUUGAAACAAGCUAGACAAGAACAACUUAUUACCAAGGUUUCACUUUCAAAGGACACUCUAUCCCCGGGUGUACCCUCUUCAGAGAGAAUAUCAACACCUAGGGUUACAGAGACGGAUGAAUCACAAUCACAAUCAAAUAUUAAUAAGAGAUUAUCUCAUAUUAGUUCCAAUUCCACUCAGAAAGAAGGAGAUAAUGUGAUAUCUAAUAAUGAAUAUAUCGAAGAAAAAGAGAAACGAAGUUCCACAGUUACCCAUGGAAAGAACAACUCUAUUGAUAUUGAUGCGCAACAUAAAGAUCAAAUAGUAGUAUCAAAGGUAAGGGACUCGACCGACCAGGACGCAUUGGAGCAAUUAAAGAACGGAUCAAAUUUACAACGACGUGCCUCGAAAAGGUACUCUGCAUAUCAUAUGGCGAAGCUAACUAACCAGUCAACUAGUGUUGCUGUCAAUGCAGCAGCAUAUGCAACCUCCCCUGUGCCAAGCAUGCCAAAUAUGUUUGAUAUUGAUAAAAGUAACUCACCUAACCGCAUUGUUAGUGAUCAGAGAACAGAAUUACUUUCCCCUCAAAGUAAACGGCUAUCAGUUGAGCAAAAUAAUAUUGAUGGAACAUAUACUGUCUUUUUAAAACUGAAUGGAAACACCAAAAGGUGCGUUGUACCAAUCAUCAAUAGCAUGAAGAACCUGAGAUUACUAUUUGUUGAGAGAUUUGCUUACUCUCCUGGCGGAGAUUCAUUCCCUGAUAUUUAUAUCACGGACCCAAAAUAUAAUGUCCCCUACGAAUUGGAUGAGCAAGAAAUCGGAACAAUAACUGACGGAACCACAUUAGAGCUACGAACAAAAAAUAUUCCGCUUAUACACGAUGACAUGUUAAAUGAAUUAAAAACUUCGAUGAGACAAGAGAUUGCAAAGUCUCAAACUGAAAUUUUGAAACAUUUAACAAAUGUUGCAAACGGGGAGUCUUCCAACAAUGUACAUGCUAAAGAUAUUUCAUCACCGCCUCUAUCUGAAAGUAAGAGCGAAACUACAACUACAAUCGAUACUGAAUCUAGAGCACCUAUCGACAAAACUUCGGAGAUUAACGAUUUAAAGCGCCAACUAAAUAUUAUCAAAAUGCUCUACUCAUCAAACAAAUCUGGGUUGGACAGUAGUAUAUUGGACAUUAAAAAAAAACUGGAAGAUUUCAAAAACGUAUCAAUAGUCAAUGAAUCAUCGGAUAAAAAAGAAUAUGUCGAACAAUCCCAAGCUAAGUUGGGUGAAAUUUCUGACAACCUGCUAACCAGUGUAGACGAUUUGCAAGAUAUAAUCGAAAUAUUAAGAAAAGAUGUAGCUGAUCGUGGUUCAAAGCCAACUACAAAGAAACUAGAAUCAUUAGACAACGAAUUGAAUAGUGCCAAUGAAAAUUUAAUCAAAAUGGAGAAAUACAUUGUUUCUGAAAAACCACAUUGGAAAACUAUAUGGGAGGCAGAGCUGGACAAAGUCUGCGAAGAACAGCAAUUCCUAAACUUGCAGGAAGAUCUGCUGUUUGAUUUAAAGGAAGAUUUGAAAAAAGCAGUAGAGACAUUCAAUUUGAUACACCUGUGUUGCGACGAGCAGGAAAAAAAUCCUAGCAAACCCAGGGUCAAUACCAUUCUACCCCUCUUAAAACCUGGAACGUUCAACCAGGUAAGAGAGCAAGUUAUGGUAGCAGUUGAGUCCAUCAACCCAAAUCACGAAGAACGGUUAGACGCUUUAGAAAAGGCUGAAAAACACUGGGAGAGGGAAAAGAAGUAUAAAGGAGAUGACGAAUUUAAGGAUGAAUUGGGGAACUUCGUGGAAAAUUCAGGACUAAAGAAGUUAGGCGGUCUUGAAGAAAUAGAACGUCAAAGAAGAGAAAAGGAUGAAGCUAACUUGAGGGCUAAUUUCAGAGGUCAGAUGCCAUUAUAA